UUGCCCCUGAUCCCCCCCCUCGUCGGAACUAGGAGUUGCAGCGUUGCGGGCCCCGGGUCUCCUCUCCACUCGGUCACGUCCCUGGAGUGUCCUGACCGUGCGGGUGGGGAGAGCUUCCUCUAAGCCCGCGAUUCCCUCCCGAGGACUGGAAAUCGGCAGGCUGGCUUGCCUGGCUCUCUCAUUUCGUUUCUUUCCUCAGGACUGUCAGGGGGUUCGGCUGGAGGAAGAGAGGUGACUGACUGCCCUGGGUCGCUGCUGAUCCCCGACCAAGCGGAGCCAAAAUGUCCCCGGAAUCUAAAAAGCUUUUCAACAUCGUUAUUUUAGGAGUUGCCUUUAUGUUUAUGUUCACCGCCUUUCAAACUUGUGGAAAUGUAGCGCAAACUGUCAUCAGGAGCUUAAAUAGCACAGAUUUUCAUGGCAGUGGAUAUACCAGUUUAGCAAUUAUCUACGGCGUUUUCUCUGCUUCCAAUUUGAUCACUCCGUCCGUGGUCGCCAUCAUAGGACCUCAGAUCUCUAUGUUUGUCAGUGGCCUGUUUUACAGCAUGUACAUUGCCGUUUUUAUCCAGCCUUUCCCAUGGUCCUUCUACACGGCGUCUGUUUUCAUUGGAAUCGCGGCUGCUGUGCUUUGGACAGCACAAGGAAAUUGCCUGACAAUAAAUUCCGAUGAGCACACGAUCGGGAGAAACAGCGGGAUUUUCUGGGCACUCUUACAGUCUAGCUUGUUCUUUGGAAAUCUCUACAUAUAUUUUGCCUGGCAAGGGAAGACUCAGAUUUCAGAGAACGACCGGAGGACGGUGUUCAUUGCCCUGACGGUGAUAAGCCUCGUGGGGACAGUUCUGUUCUUUCUCAUUCGGAAACCAGACCCUGAGAAUGUCUUUGGAGAAGAAGAGUCUUGCGAUGACCAGGACAUGGAAGCCCCUGAGUCUGCCCAGAACAACGUGACAAAGGCAGUAGAUGCGUUUAAGAAGUCUCUGAAGUUGUGUGUCACCAAGGAGAUGCUCCUUCUGAGCAUUACGACUGCCUACACAGGUCUGGAGCUGACGUUCUUCUCGGGGGUGUACGGGACCUGUAUUGGGGCUGUAAACAAAUUUGGGACAGAAGAGAAAAGCCUCAUUGGACUCUCUGGAAUUUUCAUCGGCAUUGGAGAAAUUUUAGGUGGAAGCCUCUUUGGCCUGCUGAGCAAGAAUAAUCGCUUUGGCAGAAAUCCAGUCGUGCUGCUGGGCGCCCUGGUGCACUUUGUAGCCUUCUACUUGAUCUUUCUCAACAUGCCUGGAGAUGCGCCCAUUGCCCCCGUGGAAGGAACUGACAGCGGCGCCUACAUCACACCCAGCAAAGAAGUUGCCAUUCUCUGCAGUUUUCUGCUGGGCCUGGGAGACAGCUGCUUCAACACCCAACUGCUUAGCAUUUUGGGUUUUCUCUACUCAGAAGACAGUGCGCCAGCCUUUGCCGUCUUUAAGUUUGUCCAGUCGAUCUGCGCAGCUGUGGCGUUCUUCUACAGCAACUACCUCCUCCUCUACUGGCAGCUCCUGGUCAUGGUGAUAUUUGGGUUUUUUGGAACCAUCUCAUUCUUCACCGUGGAGUGGGACGCUGCUGCCAUUGUGGCCCGAGGCUCUGACUACCGAAGUAUUUGAUGAGGCCCAUGUCUCCAGGAAGCACAGCUGGUCACACCGCAGAGCUGGUUCAAGUGGCUGCCUGUCGGUGUCGAAACUGUUGGAUGAUGCUGAGUAUGGAAAGGGAAAGAAUCAACGCUGUCAGUUGGGCGGAUCCUAGCGGUUUAAAGCUGGAGGGCUGAAGGAAUCCUGUCAGUUACAGCCCUCCCGAGGUGUUUGUCCACCCACCGUCCUUGGAUCCUUACAGUCUCGUCUCCCUCAUCCUCAUUCUCCUGGGAAGAUCCUGCCUUGGUCGCCAUGUGUCUCUCAGGAUUCUUGUGACUGUGGAGUGUGUUCACUGCCUAGGAACAGGAAGCAGGUGCCACUCCACGUGUGGAUCUGGGACUGACUUCCAUAUAGAGAGUGAAGAUGUGAGACACAGCUGUCUUGAGAUAGAGUCUCACUGUGUAGCCCAGGCUGGCCUUGGACUUGCAGCCCUCCCCUGCCUCCAGUGUUGGGAUUAUAGAGUGUGCCCAGCACAUGGUUUAAAAUGCACCGUCUUUUUGACAUAGGGUCUUUUUUUUUUGUUGUUUUUUUGUUUUGUUUUGUUUUUUCGAGACAGGGUUUCUCUGUAGCUUUGGAGCCUGUCCUGGAACUAACUCUUGUAGAUCUGGCUGGCCUCAAACGCACAGAGAUCCGCCUGCCUCUGCCUCCUGAGUGCUGGGAUUAAAGGUGUGCGCCACCACUGCCCAGCUUGACAUAGGAUCUUGAUAUUCAGCCCUUGCUGGCCUGGACUUUGUACACCGACAAUACUCCUGCCUUCGUCUCUAGAUUGCUGGGGUGGUGAGAAUAUGUCACCGCACACACUCGGCGUGAGACUUUAGCUUCUCUUGAAAUGCUGUGUUGAACAGGUCCUCUUACCCUGCCAUUCCUAGUAAGGAGUGGCCAGUUACAUGUUCUGAAAUGAAGUAAAGACUGCCAUUUGUCAAUCACAAAAGCAGUAAAGAGAAGUGAAGAAUAUUUACUGGGGGACUUUUGCUAUGGUCUUCCUGGCAAUUACAAUAAAUAAUAACCUGUCCUCCU